UGCCUAUGAUGACAGAGCAACUACAGUGGAUGCCAUUUGUGAAUGCCAAACUUCAUGAACCUUUUGUAAAAUUUAUAUAUUGGUCCCUAAGGCAGCUAGAUGCGGGAACACAGCACUCAACUAUGACAUCAACAUUGAGGAGAUUGGGUGAAGACAUAUUUAAAGGAGUAGGAACAAAAGGAAUUCAGGAUACUUCUUUAGAGCAUUCUGUGGAGAAUAAAUCAAAGACAGCUGCUUUUUUUAGGAGCUCCUAUUUGCCAUUGAGAUUUUUAUCAACCUUAAUUGUUCUCAAAACAGUCACUCAAGCUGAUUAUCUGGCUCAGGCAUUUGAUUCUCUUUGUUUGGAUUUGAAGACAGAUGAAGGAAAAACCUUGUUUUUGGAGUAUCAAGCUGUUCCAGUAAUAUUAAGUCAUCUAAGAAUAUCCAGUAAAGGACUGCUAUCUAAUGUUCUUGACAGUUUGCUUCAGAUGACAGUGGAGUCUCGAUCUUUACAGCCUUUCCUGGAAGCCUGUAGCAACUCUUUAUUUUUUCGUACUUGCUCUGUGCUGCUUCGAACCCCUAAGCUUGACCUUCAAAUACUAGAAAAGCUCAGUAUUAUUCUACAGAAACUUUCCAAAAUCAAGGGUAAUAAGAAGCUCUUUGAACUUUUUACAAUUCAUCUGAUGCUUCAAGAAAUUCAACGGACAACACACCCAGAACACGCCUUUCUCUGUAUUAACCUAAAUUCAACUCUGUUCAACCUGGGUUUAACAAAAUGCAACUCGCUGGUCUCCAAUGCAAGCCAUUAGACUGGCUUAUUUUUUAAUAUAUAUGUGUUACUUAUUUGUAAAAAUGUAAACAUCACCAAAGUAACUAAAAUUCUACAAAGUAAAGUUAUCAGUUGCAUCAUUUGUCAUUAAAGAUAAAUAGAAAGUUGUUUUUUGUUUUUUUUUUUUUACUUUAAAAAUGAAAUUUGUGGAAGCUAUGGAACUCUUGGAAUGUUUCAGUUCAAGUAAAUUAGUACUAAUGUACAAGAUGGCAUUUCCAGAAUUUUGGAUACUGGGGUUACUUUUUGUAAAAGUAUUUUAAGAAAAUUAUUUUUUUAAUUGUGUGAUUAUUUGGAAUAAAAUUGGUGCUUAUAUGGGAACAGGAUUAA